CCCGGACCACAAUAGGUGAUGGACAAUUCAAAAGUUCUGAGUUCGUAGCGCAGACGUGAAAACGUCAGCGUCAAGUAUAAAGUGUUACAGUUGUGCAUUAAGUACAGUUAUGGCCCAGCCAGGUGCAAAUAAGGACAUCAGAGCUGGCUGUAAACGAUGUGGCUAUCCGGGACAUCUGACAUUUGAGUGCCGCAACUUCCUGCGUGUGGAUCCGGGGAAGGAUAUUGUGUUGGACGUGAGCAGCACCAGCACAGAGGAGAGUGAGGUUGAGGAGCAGACCACGCAACGCAAGGAGAAGCCCAGCAGACCCUCUCGUUCUCAAGGUUCAGGAGAUGAAAGGAAACGGCAUAAAAAGAAGAGCAGAGAGAGAUCCCACAAAAAGGCAAAGAAAAGGUCAUACUCAUCAAGUGAGGAAGAUGAGGAAGAAGAGAGGCAUAAGCAUAAGCACAAGAAAAGCAAAAGCCACAAGAAGAAAGACAAAAAGAAACCCGAGAAGGAGAAGCGACACAAGAAAAAACACAAGUCGAAGGAAGAGUCCUCAUCUGAUAGUUCUACCUCUUCCUCAGGCACCGAUUGACAGACUCUGUAUUUGUAUGUAUAUGCAUGUGUGUGUACCAAAUACACACACUCCCCGACCCCAACAUACAACUCCAACCUUGAUUUGUGAUUUGGAUCCUUUUUUAGACCAGAGAUUCAAGUCUGUAACACCUCAAGACAGGCAGCCAACAUCCACAGUGUAAAUUCCACUGACCUUUUCCAUCAUGAUUGACGAAGGCAAAGAUGACAAGAUUUGAUGUGAACCCCCACUCUCAUAUUCUUUUUUUUCUGUGAAAACUGUGUGGGUGUGUAUUUCCAUGUUUUGUAUGAAGAGCUGAAUAAACAUUUGCUCGUACCAUUCCA